GGUCAUUCUGCCAAAAUGCGCGUUCUAAGCAAGGCCUUGGUCGCGGCAUGCGCGAUUAUUACAUUGUCCUGUUGCGAAGCCUCCACUGAAACACUGAGGGCCAAACGAGGUGUAGUUCCUGGUAACGCGGCCUCUAGGCCUAAAGACGCUAUUCGACGGUCUGAAUGUCGUACGGAUUACAACUGCAAGGCAUGGCCGAAGACGUCGUGCGGUAAGGAUCCGGUGGACGGCCAACGGCGAUGUCUGUGCGCAGAUCAAACGCAUCCGAUCAACGACGAUUGCAUAACGUCCCCACAAGAUCUGGGAAUGCCUUGCGAACGGGACAUCCAAUGUAUCCAGCUGGCGCAUUGUACACACAACAUUAGUGAACCGCACACAGAUAUAAAGAUAUGUCAGUGCAGAGAAGAGUUCGCCGACGACGAUGGGACUUGCAGUAGCGGUGUUCGAGCAAUGGUAUCUAUAUGUUUGGCGAUUUUAGUUGCUGCUGUUUUGCAAAAUAACCACAAUUAAAAAAAACAGCUUAGAGUUUAUUGCAAAGAAAACCACAAUAGUAAAUUAACCAGUAUUGAAUAAAACAUAACAUUUUUCUUCUUUUAUAAUUUUUGGUAAAGAGUGGCUGACAAUGUAUUACCAACAGCUCCUCCAAACUGGAACGAUGGAGUUGGUAUGGUGUGAACAACUUGAAAGGCUUAAGGAAAAAGUAAUUUUUUUUUUAUUAGUUAACAAAACUAAGAGUUAAACAGUAAUUCUUACCAUCGCCAAAUUGUUCAUUCAAUUCUAGUUGUGUCCAAUUGCAACUUACAAUUAAAAACAUUCCAUUUGGUUGUAAUAAGUCGAUUAUGUUUUCUUUGUAUCGGGUUCUCUUUUCUUUAUUUUCAUCCUCCAUACUAAUAACAUCAUAAGUACCUUUAUCCAAGACCAAUGAAAACGUCGGUAAUGUUUUUACAUCAUCAGUCAAAAAGUCAAAUUCUUUUAGUGUUAUAUUUUCUAUUUUUUGAUCUUUUACUAUUGAAUUUGCUAAUUUUACUGCAGGCGCUGAAUAAUCUAUGCCGUAUAGAUUGGAAAAUCCUAAUUUAGCCUGAUUACAAUUGUUUUUUUUAACAAAACUUAUUAUUACACAUAUUUAUGAUAAAAUAAAAAUAUAAUUACUAAUUGAGCUAAGAGUAAAGCAUUUCCGCAUCCAACAUCUAAAAUGGGAUCUUCUAGACUAAUUUUACAGUUUGAUUGUAUACACCUGUAAAAAUAUAUAUUUUGAAUAAAUAAUUUAUUUUUUUAAUCUAUGAAAAUAUGAGCUGGUUAUAUAUGUAUUUGAGCAUUAAUUUUAUAAAUUGUAUUAGUUAUUAUUAUAGGUAAUGAAUUAGUUUAAACAUUAAAUAUGCUUUGUAUUAAUUAAAAUAUAGUUGGCUAACCGA